CUGUGGCUCCUAGUAACAAUUCUGUGUCCCUCAAUAACAAUUCUGUGUCUGUCCCUAAGUAACAAUUCUGUGGCCCUAAGUAACGUUUCUGUGGCCCUAAGUAACGAUUCUGUGGCCUCAGUAACAAAUCUGUGUCCCUCAGUAACAAUUCUGUGUCUGUCCCUAAGUAACAAUUCUGUGGUGGCCCUAAGUAACAAUUCUGUGUCCCUCAGUAACAAUUCUGUGUCCCUCAAUAACAAUUCUGUGUCCCUCAGUAACAAUUCUGUGUCUGUCCCUAAGUAACAAUUCUGUGGCCCUUAGUAACGUUUCUGUGGCCCUAAGUAACGAUUCUGUGGCCCUCAGUAACAAUUCUGUAUCCCUCAGUAACAAUUCUGUGUCUGUCCCUGAGUAACAAUUCUGUGUCCCUAAGUAACGUUUCUGUGGCCCUAAGUAACGAUUC